CAGGCGCAGCGACUAGGAGACGCGCCAAGGGACCUAGAGCCUGCGGUCGCGGCCGAGCCGCUACCACCACCGCCACCUCUCACCAUGGGCCCAGGUCCCCGGCUGCUGCUACCUCUCGUGAUUUGCGUGGGGCUCAGCGCGCUCGUGCCCUCUUCGAGGGCCUCAGGGGCCCGCAAACGAGGCCCCUCGGUGACAGCCAAGGUCUUCUUUGAUGUGAUGAUUGGAGACAAAGAAGUUGGCAGAAUUGUGAUUGGUUUGUUUGGAAAGGUUGUGCCCAAGACUGUGGAAAAUUUUGUCACUCUGGCAACAGGAGAGAAAGGAUAUGGAUAUAAAGGAAGCACAUUUCAUCGUGUCAUCAAAGAUUUCAUGAUUCAAGGAGGGGACUUCACCGCUGGAGAUGGCACAGGCGGUGUUAGCAUUUAUGGUGAGACAUUUCCAGAUGAGAACUUCAAGCUGAAGCAUUAUGGCAUUGGGUGGGUCAGCAUGGCCAAUGCUGGGCCUGACACCAAUGGCUCUCAGUUCUUUAUCACCUUGACCAAGACUUCCUGGUUGGAUAGCAAACAUGUGGUAUUUGGAAAAGUCAUUGAUGGGAUGACAGUGGUGCACUCCAUAGAACUUCAAGCAACUGAUGGGCACGACCGUCCACUCACUGACUGCUGGAUCGUCAACAGUGGCAAGAUAGAUGUGAAGACGCCCUUUGUGGUCGAAGUCAGUGAUUGGUGA